AUGUCCAUGGAUCUUGAUGAUGCGCCCAUGGCCAUCGAGGCUUCGUCGCAACCGACGCGCGCAACCAUUCUCUGCUGCAACUGCGGCGCCGCCAUCGAUGGAACGACGGCGACGGGUGCCCUCUGCUUCGCCUGCGUCAAGUCGACGGUCGACAUCUCAAAAGGCAUCCAGCGUGAGGCGACGCUCAACUUCUGCCGCGACUGCGACCGAUGGCUCAUGCCGCCGACCAGCUGGGUCGUCGCCACGCCCGAGUCUCGCGAGAUGCUGGCGCUGUGCCUCAAGAAGCUGAGGGGCCUCAACAAGGCCCGCAUCGUCGACGCGAGCUUCAUCUGGACCGAGCCCCACUCUCGCCGGAUAAAGGUCAAGCUCACGGUCCAGGACGAGGUCCAGGAGGGCAUGCUGCUCCAGCAGACCUUCGAGGUCGUCUACGUCGUCGCCACCCAGCAGUGCCCCGAGUGCGCCAAGUCGUACACGGCCAACGUUUGGAGGGCCUGCGUCCAGGUCCGGCAAAAGGUGCUGCACAAGCGCACCUUUCUCUUCCUCGAACAGCUCAUCAUGAAGCACAACGCCCACCGGGACACGCUCAACAUCAAGGAGGCCAAGGACGGCAUCGACUUCUUCUUUUCGCAAAGGAACCAGGCCGAAAAGUUCAUCGACUUCCUCAACUCGGUCGUGCCCGUCAAGGUCAAGGCAUCCCAGGAGCUCAUCUCGCAAGACGUCCACACGUCCAAGAAGCAGUUCAAAUUCUCCUACUCGGCCGAGCUGGUGCCCAUAUGCAGGGACGACAUCGUCGCCAUGCCGAUACGGCUCGCCAAGCAGUCGGGAAACAUCUCCCCGCUCGUCCUGUGCCACAGGAUCGGCACGUCCGUGUCCCUCAUGGACCCCCAGACGCUCCAGACGGCCGACAUCAGCGCGCCCAUCUACUGGCGCGCCCCCUUCACCUCCCUCGCCGACGCCCGCGAACUCGUCGAGUUUGUCGUCAUGGACAUUGAGCAGACGCCGACGAGGAGAGGAAAAUGGGUCCUGUCCGAGGCGACGGUCGCGCGCGCCUCCGACCUCGGCACCAACGACAGGACCUACUUCACCCGCACCCACCUCGGCCACUACCUGCAGCCCGGUGAUUCGGCCAUGGGCUACCUGCUGACGGGCACCAUGUUCAACAACCCCGAGUUCGAGGCCAUCGAAGAGUCGCACACGUACUCUUCGACCAUCCCGGACGUCGUCCUCGUCAAGAAGCACUACCCUCGCAAGAGGAAGAACCGCCACCGCAACUGGAAGCUGAAGCGCAUGGGCAAGGACGAGGGUGAGCUGCUGCCGAAGAAGGCGGACCAGGAUCGCAUGGAUCAGGAGUAUGAGAUGUUCCUGCGGGACGUCGAGGAAGACGACGAGCUUCGUGCCGCCAUGGCGCUGUAUAAGAGCGAGAAGAAGGCCCGGGAGGAGGAGGAGAUGAGCAUAGCGGAGACGGAGGAUGACGAGCAAGACGGCGCUCCGCAGGUGAACAUGGACGAGUUGCUGGAUGACUUUGACGAACUCACGAUGCAGGACCAAUAA